CGGUUCGGCGGCUACCGUCGCGGCUCCCCAGCGCCUGUCGGGCGGAGAGCCUCCCCCAGCGCCAUGACUCGCUGGGUGCCCACCAAGAGGGAGGAGAAAUACGGCGUGGCUUUCUAUAAUUAUGAUGCAAGGGGAGCAGAUGAACUUUCCUUACAAAUAGGUGACACCGUACAUAUAUUAGAAACAUAUGAAGGUUGGUACAGAGGUUACACAUUAAGAAAAAAAUCAAAAAAGGGCAUAUUUCCUGCUUCCUAUAUUCAGCUUAAAGAAGCAAUAGUUGAAGGAAAAGGACAGCAUGAAACAGUCAUACCCAGUGAGCUCCCACUGAUUCAGGAAGUUACCACAACACUACGAGAGUGGUCCAUAAUAUGGCGGCAGCUAUAUGUGCAAGAUAACAGAGACAUGUUCCACAGUGUACGACACAUGAUAUAUGAUCUUAUUGAAUGGAGAUCACAGAUACUUUCUGGAACUCUACCCCAAGAUGAGCUCAAGGAACUGAAAAAGAAAGUGACUGCCAAAAUAGAUUAUGGAAACAGGAUUCUUGAUUUGGAUCUGGUUGUAAGGGAUGAAGAUGGCAACAUUUUAGAUCCAGAACAAACCAGCACAAUCAGCCUUUUUAGAGCUCAUGAAAUAGCUUCCAAGCAAGUUGAGGAAAGACUACUAGAAGAAAAGUCUCAAAAGCAGAACAUUGAUAUUAACAGACAAGCCAAAUUUGCCGCCACGCCUUCGUUUGCUUUAUUUGUAAAUUUAAAAAAUGUAGUCUGCAAAAUAGGAGAAGAUGCUGAAGUCCUGAUGUCUCUGUACGACCCACUAGAAUCAAAGUUUAUCAGUGAAAACUAUCUAGUUCGAUGGUCAAGUUCUGGGCUGCCUAAAGACAUAGACAGGUUACAUAAUCUUCGAGCUGUGUUCACUGACCUUGGCAGCAAAGACCUGAAAAGAGAGAAAAUCAGUUUUGUCUGUCAGAUUGUAAGAGUUGGCAGAAUGGAACUAAGAGACAACAACACAAGAAAACUAACCUCUGGGCUAAGACGACCUUUUGGAGUAGCAGUAAUGGAUGUAACUGACAUAAUUAAUGGGAAAGUUGAUGAUGAGGACAAACAACACUUUAUACCAUUUCAACCGGUGGCAGGGGAGAAUGAUUUCCUUCAGACUGUUAUAAACAAAGUGAUUGCUGCUAAAGAAGUUAACCACAAGGGUCAGGGUUUAUGGGUGACUUUGAAACUUCUUCCAGGAGAUAUUCAUCAGAUUAGGAAAGAGUUUCCUCACUUGGUGGAUAGGUCCACAGCUGUGGCUCGGAAAAUGGGGUUUCCUGAGAUUAUUAUGCCUGGUGACGUUCGCAAUGAUAUCUAUGUAACAUUAGUUCAAGGAGAUUUUGACAAAGGCAGCAAAACAACAGCAAAGAAUGUAGAAGUUACAGUAUCUGUUUAUGAUGAAGAUGGCAAAAGAUUGGAGAGUGUGAUUUUUCCUGGGGCUGGUGAUGACGCUAUCUCGGAAUACAAGUCAGUGAUCUAUUACCAAGUGAAACAACCUCGCUGGUUUGAGACUGUCAAGGUGGCAAUUCCUAUUGAAGAUGUGAACCGCAGUCAUUUAAGGUUUACAUUCCGUCACAGAUCAUCACAGGACUCCAAAGAUAAAUCAGAGAAAAUAUUUGCUUUAGCAUUUGUGAAGCUGAUGAGAUAUGAUGGAACAACUUUAAGGGAUGGAGAGCAUGAUCUUAUAGUGUACAAGGCAGAAGCAAAGAAGUUGGAGGAUGCCUCAACGUAUUUAAGCUUGCCAUCCACUAAAAUAGAAUUAGAAGAAAAAGGGCACACCACUACUGGGAAGAGCAUGCAAAACCUUGGAAGUUGCACCAUUAGCAAAGAUUCUUUCCAGAUUUCUACUCUUGUUUGUUCAACAAAACUCACUCAGAAUGUGGAUCUCUUGGGGCUUUUGAAAUGGCGAUCUAACACAAACUUGCUGCAGCAGAAUUUGAGACAGCUGAUGAAAGUUGAUGGUGGUGAAGUGGUUAAGUUCCUACAAGAUACACUGGAUGCACUUUUUAACAUCAUGAUGGAGAAUUCAGAGAGUGAGACGUUUGACACCCUAGUGUUUGAUGCUUUGGUAUUUAUCAUUGGACUGAUUGCUGACAGAAAAUUUCAGCAUUUUAAUCCUGUCUUGGAAACCUACAUUAAGAGACAUUUCAGUGCUACUUUAGCCUACACAAAGCUGACUAAAGUUUUAAGAAAUUACGUGGAUAAUGCUGAGAAACCUGGCGUAACUGAUCAACUUUUUAAAGCCAUGAAAGCUCUGGAAUACAUCUUCAAAUUUAUAGUACGGUCCAGAAUAUUGUUCAAUCAACUUUAUGAAAACAAAGGAGAAGCAGACUUCAUGGAAUCCUUGCUUCAGCUAUUUAAGUCUAUCAAUGAGAUGAUGAGUGGUGUCUCUGAUCAAACUGUGAUGGUGAAGGGGGCUGCACUUAAAUACUUGCCAACUAUUGUCAAUGAUGUGAAAUUGGUAUUUGAUCCAAAAGAACUUAGCAAGCUGUUUACAGAUUUCAUCCUAAAUGUUCCAAUGGGUCGGCUCACAAUUCAGAAGCUGUACUGUUUGAUCGAAAUAGUUCACAGUGACCUCUUCACGCAGCAUGACUGCAGGGAGAUCUUGCUGCCAAUGAUGACAGAUCAGUUGAAGUAUCAUUUGGAAAGGCAGGAAGACUUGGAGGCUUGCUGCCAACUGCUUAGUAACAUCCUGGAAGUCCUUUACAGGAAAGAUGUGGGACCAACACAGCGACAUGUCCAGAUAAUCAUGGAGAAGCUAUUGAGGACAGUAAAUAGAACCGUCAUUUCCAUGGGACGCGAUUCAGAGCUCAUUGGGAACUUCGUUGCAAGCAUGACAGCCAUUUUAAGGCAAAUGGAAGACUAUCAUUAUGCUCAUUUAAUCAAGACUUUUGGAAAGAUGAGAUCAGAUGUUGUGGACUUUCUGAUGGAAACAUUCAUCAUGUUCAAGAAUCUCAUUGGGAAGAAUGUCUAUCCCUUCGACUGGGUUAUAAUGAACAUGAUGCAGAAUAAAGUCUUCCUGCGAGCAAUUAAUCAGUAUGCAGAUAUGCUAAACAAAAAAUUUCUUGACCAAGCCAACUUUGAGUUACAGCUUUGGAACAACUACUUCCACCUGGCUGUUGCUUUCCUUACACAAGAAUCUUUACAACUGGAGAAUUUUUCAAGUGCUAAAAGAGCCAAAAUACUUAACAAGUAUGGUGACAUGAGGAGGCAAAUUGGUUUUGAGAUCAGAGACAUGUGGUAUAACCUAGGUCAACAUAAGAUCAAAUUCAUCCCAGAAAUGGUUGGGCCCAUGUUGGAAAUGACACUGAUUCCUGAAACUGAGCUUCGGAAAGCUACGAUCCCAAUAUUCUUUGACAUGAUGCAGUGCGAGUUUCAUUCUACCAGAAGCUUCCAAAUGUUUGAAAACGAAAUCAUCACAAAACUGGAUCAUGAAGUGGAAGGAGGCAGAGGAGAUGAACAGUACAAAGUGUUAUUUGACAAAAUACUCUUGGAGCACUGCAGAAAACACAAAUAUCUUGCUAAAAAUGGAGAAACUUUUGUCAAACUUGUUGUCCGUCUGAUGGAAAGACUGCUGGAUUACAGAACUAUAAUGCACGAUGAAAACAAAGAAAAUCGCAUGAGCUGCACUGUCAAUGUACUGAAUUUCUACAAAGAAAUUGAAAGAGAAGAAAUGUACAUAAGAUAUUUGUACAAGCUAUGUGACCUGCACAAAGAGUGUGAUAACUACACUGAAGCUGCCUACACAUUACUUCUGCAUGCAAAGCUUCUUAAGUGGUCAGAAGAGGCUUGUGCUGCACAUCUUACUCAGCGAGAUGGAUACCAGGCAACUACUCAAGGACAACUUAAAGAUCAGCUUUAUCAAGAAAUUAUCCAUUACUUUGACAAGGGCAAGAUGUGGGAAGAGGCCAUUGCCUUGGGCAAAGAACUGGCAGAACAGUAUGAAAAUGAAAUGUUUGAUUAUGAACAACUCAGUGAACUGCUGAAAAAGCAAGCACAGUUCUAUGAAAACAUUGUGAAAGUGAUAAGACCUAAACCAGAUUACUUUGCUGUUGGAUACUAUGGCCAAGGAUUCCCUACAUUUCUACGGAACAAAGUGUUCAUUUACCGUGGGAAGGAAUAUGAACGUCGUGAAGACUUUGAAGCAAGGUUAUUAACCCAAUUUCCAAAUGCCGAAAAAAUGAAGACAACAUCUCCACCAGGCGAUGAUAUUAAAAACUCCCCUGGUCAGUAUAUUCAGUGUUUUACUGUAAAACCAAAACUUGAUUUACCACCCAAAUUUCACAAGCCGGUAUCAGAGCAAAUUGUAAGUUUCUAUAGGGUGAAUGAGGUCCAACGAUUUGAGUAUUCACGGCCUGUCCGAAAAGGAGAGAAAAACCCAGAUAAUGAAUUUGCGAAUAUGUGGAUUGAGAGAACCAUCUAUGUGACAGCAUAUAAAUUACCAGGGAUUUUAAGAUGGUUUGAAGUCAAAUCAGUUUUCAUGGUUGAAAUCAGUCCACUGGAAAAUGCAAUAGAAACUAUGCAGUUAACAAAUGAUAAGAUCAAUAAUAUGGUUCAACAACAUUUGAAUGAUGCAGACCUACCUAUUAACCCCCUCUCUAUGCUACUUAAUGGCAUUGUGGAUCCUGCAGUCAUGGGAGGAUUCACAAACUAUGAAAAGGCUUUUUUUACUGAAAAAUACAUGCAUGAGCAUCCAGAAGAUCACGAAAAGAUAGAAAAACUAAAGGACCUCAUAGCAUGGCAGAUUCCAUUCCUGGCAGAAGGUAUCCGAAUUCAUGGAGAGAAAGUAACUGAAGCACUAAGGCCAUUUCAUGAGAGAAUGGAGGCCUGUUUUAAGCAGCUUAAAGAAAAAGUGGAAAAGCAAUACGGUAUCAGAAUAAUUCCCUCAAGUUUGGAUGAUAGACGAGGCAGUCGGCCACGGUCUAUGGUUAGAUCAUUCACAAUGCCUUCAUCUUCAAGACCUUUAUCUGUUGCAUCAGUAUCAUCUGUCUCAUCGGACAGUACCCCUUCCAGACCUGGCUCUGAUGGGUUUGUGCUUGAACCUCUUCUGCCAAAAAAGAUGCAUUCUAGGUCUCAAGAUAAGUUGGACAAGGAUGACCUAGAUAAAGAUAAGAAGGAAAAGAAGAAGGAAAAAAGGAACAGCAAACACCAAGAGAUAUUUGAUAAAGAGUUGAAAUCUACGGAUAUUUCUCUGCAACAAUCUGAAGCAGUGAUCCUUUCAGAAACGAUCAGUCCACUGAGACCACAAAGACCAAAGAGCCAAGUUAUCAAUGUCAUUGCAAGUGAAAGACGUUUUUCUGUCUCUCCGUCAUCUCCAGCUUCUCAGUCAACACCACCUCCAAUCACUCCAAGGACCAAACUUCCUUUCAAUUUACAGUCCAAUCUGGAGCUGAAUGGUAUCUCUAGUUUGGAAAUGGCAGACAUUCCUCCUCCUCUACCUCUCAAAGGUAGCAUGGCAGAUUAUGGAAAUCUCAUGGAAAAUCAAGAAUUGAUUAGCCCUACAACACCCCCCGCUGCACAUCAAAGGCACCUGCCACCUCCAUUACCCAGCAAAACUCCACCACCGCCUCCUCCAAAGACUACUCGAAAGCAAACAUCUGUUGACUCUGGGAUUGUCCAGUGA